AUGGGUUUCAUUUCCAAGAGUUUCAUUCUCCUUGCUCUUUUAUUUGCUCUUCUUCUUCUCAUUAUUUCGAAAGUAGCAGCUCGAGACCUUGAUGAAACUACCACCGAAAAGAACAAUGGUGAGGUGACUACUGAAACAACCGAGGGUGGGCUAGAAUAUGGUAAGGAAGGGUACGAAGGAUACGGUGGACGUGGAGGAUACAGAGGGCGCGGUGGGAAUGGAGGAUACAGAGGACGCGACGGUGGAUAUCGUGGACGUGGUGGUUAUGGAAGAGGUUGUGUCUAUGGCUAUUGCCGUUCUUACGGAAAAGGUUGCCAGAGGUGUUGCUCUUACGCCAGUGAGGCGGUUGAUGUGGAAACUCACGCCGAUCCUCACAAUAAAAUGCAGUCUUCUUGGAGUGCAUGUAUCUUAAAUAAAUAA